ACCUACGUGACUUUACGGAAAGAACCAAAGAGUAUGAACCCGUAUGGGGUUGACAGCUGUGACAAUUGCACGCAACCACCUUGCAUGCAACCGAAUCGCUCAGCUCCCGCUGCACGCGUUACAUUUUUUUGAGUGACGUAUUCGCAAAACGUUCACGCCCGUUCACGCGUCACAUAAAUGACGUCAUCGCGCGAUUGCGUCGAUUUUUUUACCACGAUGUCACCCGAUGACGUAUUUACUUGCCACUCGGACUUUAGCCCUCUCUCUCGCCUCUUCGUGUGCUUGUGAAUAAGAGACAUUAGGCCGAACACGUCACCUUAUAUAUUAUUUUGAAGGCCACACACACACAACUCGGCGUUAUUAUUGACGGAUGCGUUGUUGAGUUUGCAUUAUUUGUGCUUAUUCUUGGUUCUUUCGGUAAAGUCACGUGACAUUACCGAAAGAACCAAGAAUGUGAAUCACCGCAGUCACGAAAGCUUUAAAUCAAAAUUAAUUUGUGCUUGUGCAGCACAAGCAAUUCUGGCAGCGUCGUCGCCAAGUAAUUAGUUUAACAUUAUUUUUUAUAUAGCGAAUGAUGACGCCACUCAUUCUAAACGCAACCUCGCACGAAGGCGUCAUCGGGAGUUAAAUCAUUUCGAUUUAAAGGGACAGAGUUUUUUUUUACAAUGACGCCAUCGCGCGAAUGUUGGAUGACGUCAUCUGACGUCACCUCCACUCCCCUCACCGAUAACGUCACCCGCCCGCCACGAGCCGCUAUGGACGCGUGCGUUGAGUUGCUCCGUGAAGAGUUCCCGCUCAUCGACAGCGAGCUGUUCGAAUACGUGACAGGUGUCCUCGAGUGCAGUGCUCUGGACUUUGAGUCGGCGGACGAUGUGGUGGACGCGGUGGGCGAUGUGCUGCAGGAGGGCUCGGAGGUUGUCAAGGACAACGAGGACAUCAGAGACGUGUGCCAGAGGAUGUUCAACGCGCUGCACGUGAAUGGACUGAGUGGCUCAGGGAGGCUACAAUCCAGGCUUGAUACUCCCAUACAGCUGGCGGAGAUGGCUGGAAAUUUUGAACGCGCUUCUUCGAACGCAACACACAGUUUCAUCGCAAAGAAAGGACCGAACACGCAAGUGGACCAGAAGAAGCUGGGGAAGGCGGAGGCCAAGCUGAAGGCAAAGCAGGAGCGGCGGGCAGAGCGUGAUACAGGGCGGCCCCGCGGCCCCGUGAUUCUGGAGGAGGCGUCGGCGAGCCAGGCCUCCAGCCGGAAGGACACCAAGCUAGAGGCCUCUGGGAAGAACAAAACCUUCGACAUCCGCAUAGAGAACUUCGACAUCUCCUUUGGAGAGAGGUCGCUGCUGUGUGGCGCGGAGCUCUUCCUCGUGUACGGUCGGCGCUACGGCCUCAUCGGCAGGAACGGCCUGGGCAAGACCACGAUGCUCAAGAUGAUCGCCAACCGCAGCCUGCGCGUGCCCACGCACAUCUCGGUGCUGCACGUGGAGCAGGAGGUGGCGGGCGAUGACACGCCGGCGCUGCAGAGCGUGCUCGAGUCGGACACGGAGCGGGAGAGCCUGCUGCUGCGCGAACGCGAGCUCAACAAGCGCCUCGCCGCCGGCGUGGUCGAUGGCACGGAGGCGGCGCAACUGACCGAGGUGUUCUCCCGCCUGGAGGAGAUCGAGGCCGACAAGGCGCCUGCCAGGGCCUCCGUCAUCCUUGCCGGCUUGGGCUUCACGCCCACGAUGCAGCAGCAGCCGACGAGGGAAUUCUCGGGAGGGUGGCGCAUGAGGCUAGCGCUCGCCAGAGCACUCUUUGCCAAGCCUGACCUGCUCUUACUUGAUGAGCCCACCAACAUGUUGGACAUCAGGGCCAUCCUUUGGCUGGAAAACUACCUGCAGACGUGGAAGUCGACCAUCCUGGUGGUGUCUCACGACCGCAACUUCCUGAACGCGGUGGUGACGGACGUCGUGCACCUGCACUCGCGCCGCCUCGACGCGUACCGCGGGGACUACGAGGCCUUCAUCAAGACCAAGGAGGAGCGGCUCAAGAACCAGCAGCGCGAGUUCGAGGCCCAGAUGCAGUACCGUGAGCACAUACAGGUAUUCAUCGACCGCUUCCGGUACAAUGCCAACCGUGCCUCCCAAGUGCAGAGCAAGCUCAAGCUUCUGGAGAAACUCCCACAGCUGACGCCAAUAGAGAAGGAGUCUGAGGUCAUGCUGAAGUUCCCCGACGGCUUUGAGAAGCUAUCGCCGCCCAUCCUGCAGCUCGACGAGGUGUUGUUCUACUACAACCCCGGGGAUCCCAUCUUCCACAACGUCUGCCUCUCCGCCGACUUCGACUCACGCAUUUGCAUUGUUGGAGAGAACGGGGCUGGGAAAACGACCCUGCUCAAGAUUCUCAUGGGGAACUUGUCACCAGUGCAAGGCAUUCGGCAUGCACACAGGAACCUGAAGCUGGGCUACUUCAGCCAGCACCACGUGGAUCAACUCGACCUCAACGUUAACUCAGUGGAGCUGCUCGCCGCCAAGUUUUCAGGCCGCUCGGAGGAGGAGUACCGCCACCAGCUGGGUCUCUACGGCGUGUCGGGAGAGCUCGCAGUGCGCCCCGUCGCCAGCCUUUCCGGGGGGCAGAAGAGCCGCGUCGCCUUCGCACAGAUGACCAUGCCCAGUCCAAACUUCUACAUCCUGGACGAGCCGACCAAUCACUUGGACAUGGAGACGAUUGAGGCCCUCGGCUGUGCCCUCAACAAGUUCAAGGGCGGCGUGAUCCUCGUGUCUCACGACGAGCGGCUGAUCCGCACGGUGUGCCGAGAGCUCUGGGUGUGCGAGGAGCGCGGCGUGCGCAGGGUGGACGGCGGCUUCGACGAGUACAAGCACGUCCUGCACGAGCAGUUCAGCAAGGAGGGCAUGAUCUGAGCGCCGCGGUCGCGCUGGCUUGCACGAUCACAGGCUCCACCCGCCGCCCCUCUCAAUCGCUUUAUCCGCCUGCUCACUCGCCUACGUGCUGGUUCAUCCACCCACUCUCUCGCUAAUCCACCUACUCGCUCAUGCACCCGCUCGGUCGCCUAUUCGCUCAUCAACCCAUUCACUCAUCAACCCGCUCACUCAUCCACCUACUCUCACUAAUCCACCUACUCGCUCACUCUUUUCAACCACUCAUUCAUGCACCCGCUCGCUCGCUUGCACGCUCAUCAACCCACUCACUCAUCAACUUGGUCGCUCACUCAUCCACCUACUCUCUCGCUAAUCCACCUACUCGCUCACUCUUUUCAAUCACUUGCUCAUUCAUGCACCCGCUCGCUCGCUCGCUCAUCAACCCACUCAUCAACUUGGUCUCUCGCUCUUCCACCUACUCUCGCUAAUCCACUUAUUCCGCUAAUCCACCUGCAGAUUCAUCUAUUAACUUGUCCACCUUCCGGUUCAUCUGCCUAAUCGCUCGAUUGUCCAUCUGUCUGCUCGUUAGCACAUUACGGUUUUCCCUUUGGACGCAGGCUUAUUUGGCAGAAUUGAUGGGGAGGGGGGGGGAGUGGAUAAAUAAUGGAAACGUUGAUGAUGAAAGGGUGCCUCGAUCGAAGCGCACUGAGGCCCGUACAGCUCAUUGUUGACAGUUCGAGUUGUAGCGCGUAGGUGAAACAGCCGGCACCGUGCCCUGUGUGUCUCUGUGGGUGCUGUGCAUCCCCGGCAACACGAGACGUACACAGACUUGCGCGCGCACACGCGAGACGUUGUUUUUGUCAUCGGAAACUCUAAGUUGGCCGCUUUAUAGCCGCAAACGUGCGCCACACAACCGCAAGUCAACUUGGGAAGAUCAUGAUUCGUGAUACUGCACAUACAUCGUCAGCAGCAUCGGGAGAGGGGGUGAGGUUGUGCCACCCGGCUGGAUAUGCUUUCCCCAGUCGCCACUUUUGCCCCGUGACCUCCAUCGCGUGGUGACCCCACUGACACCUCGUGCCGUACCCUGGACUCUUAAAGAUGGAGCCUGCGCGUCGUCCCUGUUGUUGCACCGCAGAAAUAUUCCCGGAAAUUUUUCGCAGUGCGUUUUUUUUUGUUCUCUCCUGAAGGUGAUUUACGUUUUUGCAGUUACGUCAGAACGUAUGCACAGUGGCCUCUGUUGUUGGCUGUGUGUGGUGUUAGAAGGACAACGGCAACGCAAAAAGAACAGACGGUUUAUUCAUUGUCAAUUUUAAAGGAGGGAGAAACACUUAACAAAAAAAGACAAUUUGUGUCUUUCUCUGCGCUCUGCGUAAUAGGAUCGUUUAUGAGUUUACGUAAACUCAUUCAAGAGUGCCCAGGAGGAUUGAAGGACAUACAUUAAAAGUGUACCCUCACUCAAAUCUCCUUACCUUUUUUUUCUAAUUUAUUCACCCCUAUUAAUAUAUGACAAAUAAUAAUUAUUUUUCAUCUGCUAAUGCCUGGUCCGUCAGUUAUCUCGAGACCCCAUCAGAGAAUGCUGAACUAUUCUCCAAACUCGCAAUAAGAUGCAUCUCGUUUAAACACCCUCAGUAAUAAACCAACUUGGAGAGAAACGAGAGAACAACAGAAUUUUAAGGAGCAGUUUUUUUAUUGAUGUGGAUUGAAGGUUUUAAGGAAAAAAACAUUCAACACAACAGUCAGUCUUUAAGCAAGUUACUUGGUGAUGCUGCUGCAUUGGCAGUGGUGCAGAAACAAACACAAAUAACACUGCCUUAAAAAGAAAAAUCAUUUGUGGCAUUUCAGGCAAUGGGCCUCUUCAACAUAGCAUAUUUACGUUUUUCGAAACCGUCUUUCUCAGCACGUUCCUGAGAAGCACCAUUGCCUGAAAAGUCGCCUGUCAUGAUUUUUUUAUAUCUUUCUUAGGAAAUGUUAUUGACGUAAGUGAUUUGUUUUUGUUGUAUCUCAGCUUUACAUUCGUUUGGGGGUGACUUUUUAAAUAUUUUGUUCAGAAAAUAUUUCGAUUUCUCCUCUUGCACAUGGCGUGUAUCAUUUCUCCUGAUCAUUUCAUUCCCAUUGACAUCGAAUGAUAAUGAAGAUGGUGGUGUCGCGUGCACAGCUGCCUAGCCAGCUGAGAAUUGCCCGUGCUGCUGCUGCUGCUACGAAACCCGCGUUGCGAUUUCCGGCGUCAUGUUUAUUGACGCCGAGUGUAAAGUUGUAGCCCCCCUCGUCCACCAGAGCGAUUCGGAAUGUUGCCGUCGUUACAGAUGAGUGGGUUUAUUUUUGAAUCCCACUCUUCGCUCGACAUCCAUCCGAGGAGCAGAUGAGAACCAGUAGGAGGGCAGCAGCUGACCUGUGACGACUGAUUGUGCGCAGUCGAUUAAGGCUCGGUCUUGAGUUGAUAGCAAAAUCGCUUACUAGUCGUUCGUGACGGCGCGUGAACGCGUUUUUACGGUAUUUAACAAUGCGCGCUUAGGAUUUAUAACCUCCGUUAUGUUUUUUGGGUGAAAUUGGUCCGCGUUCAUCAAGUGAUAUUAUGCACCCUAACGGAAACGUAAGGUUCUACGUGGAAUGAGUGCAAGGUUUUGUAUUGAAUCAUGGACUUUAAACCUCCUUCAUGAGGCUUGGUUCUGUGUCACAUUCAGACAAGGAUUUCAAUUUUCAUGUGGAGCCAUUUUGUCAAUGUGCUUGCUGAAAGAGGGCCUACCCCACGCCAUAUGGGCCAUGAGGGUUUAUUGACCAUGCUUCAUGCUGGUCAUUGUGAGUUGGUGAGGAAGGGGAGAAUAGAUGUUGGGCCAUAGAAAUACAGCACAACAAUGGAGUUUGCUGCACUGCCGUCUGCUGCCCAUUAUAUAGCCUCCCUAUGACAACCUGUUUUAUACCUGGUGGAUACCUUUCAAAAUACUGAGAUCUGAUGAUAUUGGGCACAUACCAGGUGAUUUGGUCAAAGGCACAUUCGUUGGUAAACCCCUCAUAAAAAGUCAAGUAUUUUACAUUAAAUGCCCAUGCUAAAUCUCUCAACAAAACAAUGGUUCCAAGGGUGUGCAUCAGAUUAGACAAGGGUUAUUGAUACAUCUGGUUACGGCUUCCGUGUAUGACUUGGCUGGUAUUUUACAGAAUAGUUUCGCGCAAACCCUGACCAACUGCAGAACUCCGAACGCCUUAUUUUAGUCGCAUUUUCUGGCGACAAAUAAUCAACAAAUCAUUGUGGAUCUCGUCAGACCUGGGGCUGUUUUUUUUCUGCCCCCAUCGCUGUCACCUGCGAGCCUUUCGACCGACGCGAGUCUAGAAUUAUUGGAAAUGCUGCUUUGUUGUGGUGUCAUUGGCGGAGUUGAGAGGGCACGAGCAUCAAUCCUUCACUCUGGGGUGCUGACGGUGCGCCGCCGCCGCUUGUAAAUAUCAGACUGGUGGUGUUUGGCCAACAUUGGUUUGGUCACACCCGACGCGAGGAAUUUAUUCAUAUUUAACAUUAUUUUGAAACCCGUGUAAGGUCACAACUGAUGCUGGGUCUGUGCUAAAGCCUGAGGCUGACUUGUCCUGUUUUUAGAAUCGAAAACCCCAGGAGCUGACAAACACUUUGGAAGCAUUCAGUCACGUAGCACGGUUGGCAAUGUCCGAUUUCUCUCAUCUCCGUAGCCCAGCACUGGGCCCCCAGUGCAGUUACACCGCCUGCACACUCAACAGCCAUGCCACUGGAAGCACUCGUGCAGCAAAGGUUUUUUUGUUUGUUGAAGGUUGGAUUUAACCGACGAGAUGGUUCGUUGAGUGGAAUCGGCUCAUGAAUUGUGUUUAAUCUAUGCAGUUGCUCCCACAAUUGGGUGAAUUGUUGCUCUGUAAAGGUUGCCUCCCACCCACCCCAGCUGUGGAUUUCGGCCAGCCCGGAACAUGCCGCGUGGUUUUGACAGUGACUCGUCGUGCUGCCCUCCGCUCUCCAUUGUAAUAAAGCAUCGACUGCGAUCCCGU